CUUAACCUCCUUUUUUUCUAACUUCUUGUGCCUCUUACUUUUGAAGAAUGGCAACUACUGUGGAGGAUGUCAUUGCCAAGGCUGAGAUGGUUGAGAUUGAGCCCAAGACUGGAGUAGCUCUGAAGCCUCAACUGCUGAAAGAGGAGAAGGUGAAUGGCACUGAGCCAAAGCCCAUGAAUGGAGUGAAAGCAGAUGAGGAUGGUAAAAAUGAGAGUGUUCCAGAAGAGAAGGCAGAGGCUGGGAAAGAAGCAGCCAACGGCGGUGUUCCCAAGGAUGAAGGAAAGAAGGAGGAGGUUGCAGUAGAGAUUGAACCCAAGACAGGGGUUUCCUUCCCUGUUAAGGUGGAAGAUGGGAAGCAGUUGAAUGCUGUCGGUUUGAGGAAGAAGGCUAUUCUUGGCUUGGGCAUCAAGAUUUAUGGCUUUGGAAUAUAUGCAGACCAAGAGAAACUGAAAGAUCUUCUAAAGUCAAAGAUUGGGAAAGCCCCAGCAAAACCAACUAAGGACAUGUAUCAGGUGGUAAUUGAUAGUGAUUUGUGGAUGAUGGUGAGGUUGGUAAUAGUGUAUUCAGGUCUCACCAUGAGCAUGGUAAGAAAAAACUUUGAUGAAGGUCUUGGAGCAUCCAUCAAGAAACUCACUGGCGGCCGAAGGAAUGAUGAGCUCUCAAACAAGGUAAUGGGUGCAGCAUCUGAUGACAUUAAGCUAACAUCCGGUUCUGUAAUUGAGAUCACCCGUCUUCCAGGCUACACUCUUGAGACAAAAGUGAUGGGUGAGGUGGUGAGCAAGGUUGAAAGUGAACUUCUCUGCAGGGCUUACAUCCACAUGUAUUUGGGAGAUGAUGCCUUUGACAAGGAUGCAAGAGAAAAAUUCGGGGUCUCCCUGCUGUCUCUGUUCUAAACACAAACUUUUAGCAGUCUCUAGGUUUAAGAGGAAUAAGGUCCAAGUCUACUUUGUAGUGACUGAACAACUGCUUAAUAAGAGGGAUGAUGAACUGUACUCGGUUUGAAUUUGCA